UUUUUCAAAAAAAAAACAGCAAAAUGUUUACAAUAAUAACUAAGUUUUACUUAAUACUUGCUAUAUAUAUAUUAAAAGUACUCUGUAUAUAAACAUAAGGACAAUAAAAUAGUACUCAAAUAUUAUAACUUUAAUCAUAAAAUUCUUAAGAAGGUUCUUUGUUUUGUUUGUAAUGUCAACUUUUUUUAUCGAAAAUCUAAUCAAAAAACACAACCGAAUUUGUGCGCAAUAUUGCUUCGUUUACCGAGUUUUUUUGUACAACAUUUCGAAUUGAAACUAAAAAAGUAUGUAAAGGAGCAAUAGAAGAAAAUGCAAAAAUAGUGAUAGAUAUGUUAUAAAAAAGAUACACUGAUCCAAAUAUGAUCUGUCCUUUGCUUGGUUUAUGUCCGAAAUAUUAUGAUGAGAUAAAUAUAGAAGACUUAAUAAAAUAAAUAGAAUAAGACAAACCUAUAGUAAAUGAAUAUAAAAAAGAAUAAAAAAAUAACGAUAAAUAUAAUAUAUUACACUUAACAGACCUUCAUUUUGAUGAAAAAUACAAAGAAGGAGCUUCUGCAAACUGUAAAGAUCCUAAUUGUUGUAGAGAAGAGUCUUCUGAAAGUACUGAAAAGGCCGGAUAUUGGGGUUAUGUUGGUAACUGUGAUAUUCCUUUUAGAACUAUAGAAGCUACAAUUGAGUUUAUAAAAAAAAAUUUAACGGAAACACUCGAUUUUAUAAUAUGGACAGGCGAUAAUACAAAUCAUUUCAUUUGGGAAUAAUCAUUAGAAGAUAAUUUAAAAUCAACUGAAUAAAUUACUUAAAUUUUAUAAUAAAAAUUACCGAAAAUCAAAGUUUUUCCAAUUAUGGGUAAUCAUGAAAGUUUUCCUGUAAAUAAUUAUGAUUUUGGAAGUUAAAGAGAAAAAUAUUUUAAUUAAAGAUUAAGCUCGAUGUGGUAAAGUUGGAUUGGAAAAGAAGCAGCUGAAAUGUUUGCUAAUAAAGGCUUCUAUUCGACUUUUUUGAAUGAAAAAGUAAAGAUUAUUGCAAUAAAUACUCAAGGAGCAAAUAAUGGAAAUUUCUUUUUAAUAUAAAAUCCAACUGAUCCUGGAAAAAUGCUAGAAUGGAUGAGAGAAGAAUUGAUAGAUUGUGAAAAAAAAGGUUUUAAAGCAAUUAUUAUUGGACAUAUUCCUUCGAAUGGUGAUGUUUUGGAAUUAUGGAGUUAAGUAUAUAAUUCUAUUAUUUAUAGAUUUGCAGAUGUUAUUAGCGGACAAUUUUUUGGACAUACACAUAUUGAUUAAUUUGUUGUUUAUAGAAAUCCUGAAAAUAAAAAAAUUAAAAAUGUGGCUUUCGUUGCUCCUUCAUUAACUACUUUUGUAUAUAGAUUGCCUACUUUUAGAGUUUUUGAACUAUUUAAAGAGAAUGCCAAAGUUGUUAAUUAUAUAUAAUAUUCUUUUAAUAUAACUAAGUGGAAUUUAAAUGGAGUAAAAGAUAUUAAUUAAGUAAAUUUUGAUGUAGAUUAUGUAUUUAAAGAAAAGUAUUAAAAUAUUUUUGGAAAUGAUCUUGGUAAUAUGGAUGAUUGGGAAAAACUUUUGAAAGAAAUGAAAAAUAAUAUUAAUGUAUUUAAUGCUUAUGCUAAAAGUUAUAAUAAUUAAAAUUAAUAAAUAGAAUAUAAGGAGGUUGAUUAAAAAAUAUUGUGCGGCUUAGAAGGAACUUAACAUUUAUAGGAAGAGUGUAUGGGGAAUAGAUACAAGAAAAAAAUAAUAGAAUAUAUAUAUGGAAAUUGGUUUACUAAAAAGAAUUGA